GGGCUCACCGUAUUGUUGAGUCUACUCAAGUGUACCACCGUCGUCUUUACUAUCUUCCUUUGUUUUUCGAAACUGAUGCCAGAGAGCAAAUAUAUAAGACAUGCUACCUCAACUGCUUCUUGUCGUCGCCGGGUUAUAUCUGAUUCAUAUAUGGCUGAACCGAAAGUCAUCCCGACUGCCUCUUCCACCAGGUCCCCGGCCCAAACCGAUUAUCGGGAACCUGGAUGAAAUGCCCUGGCAGGGUAUACCACAAUGGCACCACUGGCUAAAGCACAAGAAGCUCUACGGCCCCAUCAGCUCCAUCACUGUUUUUGGCCAGCCGAUCAUUAUAUUGAAUGAUGCUCGAUGUGCUAUCGAAAUACUGAAGAAGAGAUCUGCAACGUACUCUGCUCGUCCAGAGCAACCAUUUAUGGAAAUGACAGGGUGGGAUAAGACCAUGGCCACGCCGGCCAACACGGCUCACUAUAAUAAAAUGCGCAAGGCGCUGCAUCAAGAGAUCGGGACUAAAAGGGCCUUCUCUCGUUUUACGGUCAUGAUGGAUAUCGAGAUCCGUCGUCUGCUGCUUAGGAUUCUUGAAAACCCGGCUGAUUUUCGGAAACAUCUCAAAAGGGAGUCUUGUGCGGUCAUCUUGAAGAUGACAUACGGCUAUAAUGUAGAGCCGCGGGGGAACGACCCUCUGGUGGAACUUGCAGAGAAAGCGGUUGACCAGAUUUGCCAGGCGAUGCUUCCAGGGACCUGGCUGGUUGACUAUCUCCCGAUUUUGAAGUACGUGCCUGCCUGGUUUCCAGGUGCCAAGUUCGUUCGCACCGCCAGGGAGUUCCGGAAAUACGCGGCAUUCUUUCUAAACGUGCCAUAUAUAUUUGUGAAAAACAGAGUGGCUCAAGGAAGCUAUAUCCCCUGUUACUUGUCAAACCGGUUGCAGACUUGCCAGGGAAAUCCCACCGAGGAAGAGGAGACUGUUUUGAGAUGGUCUGGUUUGGAAUUCUAUCUGGGAGGAUCAGAUACAACUGUAUCAACCAUGUUGAGCUUCAUACUUGCAAUGAGCCGACAUCCAGAAGUACAAAGAAAGGCCCAGGCCGAGAUUGACCAGGUCAUUGGAACAUCUCGUCUCCCUGGAUAUGACGACCGCGAUAGCCUCCCAUACACCAACGCCGUUGUGAAGGAGGCAUUACGCUGGCACCCUGCCCUUCCCACAGCAUCACCACAUAUGUCCAUCAAGGAUGAUACGUACGAAGGAUAUUACCUUCCUAAAGGAUCCGUGUUUAUACCUAAUAUCUGGGCAUAUGCGCAUGACCCAGACGUAUACAAUAAUCCCAUGGAAUUCAAGCCCGAGCGUUUCCUACCCUCCGAAGGCCAACCCCCAGAGGCAGAUCCAUAUUCGAUUGUCUUUGGUUUCGGACGCCGUGCCUGUCCAGGGCAGGUGAUGGGGGAUUUGAAGGUGUAUCUUACCAUUGCCCGUAUUCUGGCCUGUUUCAACAUCACGAAAAAGGACGAUGGGCAAGAAGAGGUAGCUCUUGAAGAGGCUUUCAUACCUGCUAUUCUCAGCCAUCCGAAACCAUUUGAAGUGAGCAUCACGCCUCGUUCUCCGGAGUACGAGAAGCUCAUUCGUGCAGUCGAGGUGGAUGCCCCGUGGGACAGGAGCCAUGCGGAUGAAAUCAGGAAAAUCAUCAGUCAACUAUAGGACUCCAAAACUACAGAUUCAUGAGGCUGGAGGAUACAGGGCUUGGAAAGCUGAUUUCAAUUGUUCUAGCAUCUUGGUCUCGUUUCUAUCAUAAUACUUUAAGCUGAACGGUUUUAACAACACUGUACCUUCCUGGGCAGGGGACAGAAGUCAACUUGACAGCAACACGUUAAGCAGGAGUGUGGAGGUGCAUAAUAUCACCAAUAAAAAUACAAUCAGUCAUCCAACGUCACCGCAAACAGUUUACUAAAGGUUACCUGAGAGGCAUUAUAGUUAUUCAGGAGGAAGACAACACUCCGAAACUGACC